ACUCUUAUCCAGUAGAUGGCGGUAAUGCCCCUUCAAGAAGCUUGCCAGCCGCCAAUCAAUUCUACCCACGAAGAAAACGCACCGCCGGAUGUUACGUCACAGUAUCUCUGCAGAACGCCGGCUUCCCGCGUGUGCUGUUUUGUUGUCAUAGCAGACAUGGCGGCUCCGCUGGAGGUGGUGAUGAGCUGCGACUCUGGCUCGCAAAUGUGGAACAGUACCGUGUUCGACCUGCACAGCGGGUCCAGUCUGCUCUCCUACAGAGGCGGGAACAGCACUGCCCGGACUCUGUGCGUCCUCAACGGGGAGUACCUGCUGUCCGCCCAGCUGGGGAAGAACUUCAUCAACGUGUGGGAGAUCCAGAGGAAGGAUCAGCUGCAGCAGAAGAUCGUGUGUCCAGGUGUGGUGACCUGCCUGACCUCAUCACCAGACGGACUUUUCCUGGCAGCUGGUGUCGCUGAAGCCAUUUAUCUGUGGGAGGUGUCCACUGGUAAGCUGCUGGCGGUUCUCAGUCGUCACUACCAGGACAUCACUUGUCUGAAGUUCACGGAUGACAGCAGCCACUUUGUGUCUGGUGGCAAAGACAACACAGCGCUGGUGUGGAGUUUGUGCAGUGUGAUCCAGGUGGACGUCAAUCACACACCUGAGCCGCGACACAUCCUCUCCCGUCACUCGCUGCCUGUCACGGACCUGCACUGCGGCAUGAUGGGAGCUCAGGCCCGAGUCGCCACCGCGUCCUUGGACCAGACCGUCAAGCUGUGGGAGCUGUCCUCGGGUGAGAUGUUGCUGUCCGUCCUCUUUGACGUUGAGAUCAUGUCGGUGACCCUUGACCCCAGCGAAUACUUCCUCUUCUGCGGUGGCAGCGAUGGGAACAUCUUCCAGGUCUCGCUGUGCAGCCAGAGUCUGAGUCGCGACAAAUCCUUUCAGUCCGAUAACGACGGAAACCAAGUCUUCAAAGGACACAGGAACAUGGUGACCUGCCUGUCUGUUUCGAUGGAUGGGACCCUGCUCCUCUCGGGUUCCCACGACGAGACGGUGGGACUCUGGGACAUUCAAAGCAAGCAGAGCAUCCGCUGGCUCUCCCACAAAGGUCCGGUCACAAACGCCUUCAUCAUGGUGGCGCCUGCCAACAUGUUCCUCCCCGACAGCCGUCCCGCCGUCCCCUUACCCCGGUUCAGUCGACACAUCCAGACGUCGGAGGGAGCCGAAGACUCUGGAGAAGUUUGCAUCCGCCUGGGGCUCUACUCCCAGGAGGAGGGGGAGACGUACCUGCAGAAAGCCGACAAGCUGAACUCCCUAAUGAACGCCGUGACCGACAAGUCUGUGUUCGGAGACGGCGAGAACACGAAGGUUCGAGUCGCUGAGCUGGAGGAAGAAGUCCAGACGCUGAAGAAAGUCAACAAGGAUUUGUACGACUUCUCGACGCAGCUACUCACCAAGCCCACGUAGACACACACACACUCUAGUGUACACUCAUAACACACAGCUAAACACAAACAUUUACUCAUGUGAACACAGUCGCCAACCAUGAACAUGCACACCAGGACAAACAAACACAACACAAGUACAUGAACUGGUACAGUGCACAAUUAAAAAAGAUAUAUUUUGGAUUGUCAUAUUUAUCCGCCCACUUGAAAAUGCAAAGUAAAAACAUGUACUGGUUACAGCUGUGUACACACAAUACUCACGCUGGCUGAGCAAACCGAGCACAAAGAAACUAACGGCACACAGGUAAUACACACGCAUUCAUGCAACACUUGCAACAAAGUGUACUUUACACACAAGAAACACAAUACAGACAUCACCAACAAAGUUGGUGUUUUUCUAAUAAAAGCUG